AUGACACCCGCUGGUGGAAUGAACGAUCUAAGUUUGAAACCUAAUGCCUUGAAGAAAAUCUUAGCGAAUCGUUUCAUUCGUCUGGAAACUGCACACAAGGUUGCUGAAAACUCUUCGACAGCCCAUGAUCAGUUUCGCCCUUCUUGGAGCUCAUCAGGUAGGCGCAGUCCCCGAGUUUAA